AUGUCUUCUCGAUGGCAAUCGCCAUGGAACGCUGCUGAUCGAAAAGCCACCAAAAAGAUGCUGCUGUCUUGGCUGCGAACGGCAUCAACCUCCAGCAUCGUGAGCGCUCUGGCGAUACCCUUGUCGUGCCUCGUUUACAUGCUGUCUUCUUCCUGGGCCCCUCUGAUGCAAUAUCACGACCCAAGACACCUGAGGGGCCUGAGUACUCUCUUUACUGGCACACUGUGGCCUGAACUUAAGCAAGGCUGCCAGAUCUCGAGAGCAAACUUCCUUUACAUCCCCCAUUCACGUCCUGCCUGA